CAAGAUCAGCUACUGGAGGAAAGAAAAAAAAAACUACUUUGAAUUAUUAAACGCUGAGCCCUACUUAUCACAAUGCAUUGCCUGAAAAGUCUGAGGACAGCUAACCCGGGAAUCCUGCAGCUAUUUAAAAAUGCAGGGAUCUCUGCUAGAGUUGGAGCUGACAGCAUGGUUUUGUCCAGGACUCAGCAACCUGUUCUUCUCCCCUGCUGGGCAGCAGCAUCACCCCACACCCACAGAGCCUAUCAUCACCAGCAGGGCCCUGAUGUGGACCAAGGACACUCCAAAAGCAGGUUGAUGUCCAGCAUGGAGGACCUGCUUUUCUACACCAUCACUGAUGGCAAAGAGAUGAUCCCUCUCUCCCAGUUCAUCUCUGCUUUAAGAAAAACAGGCUUGUUAACAUCUGACCCUCGGCUACGCGAUUGUGUCCAUCAGAUGCGACAAUCCACCCAUGACUCCAUUGGGACAGUCAUGAUGGAUAAGAAGCUUUUCAGAAGGUGUGUGGGCAACAACAUCAUAUUGCUGACUAAGGCUUUCAGAAAAAAAUUUAUCAUCCCAGACUUUGAAAAGUUUGUCCUCCAAAUUGAUACGUUGUACGACACUGCGCAUCGGCAGGAGGGAGGACAGGUGGCUGACUACAUUCCACAGCUGGCUAAGUUCAGCCCUGACCUGUGGGGUGUAUCUCUGUGCACGAUCGACGGACAGAGACACUCUGUGGGUGACACCAAGGUUCCCUUCUGUCUGCAGUCAUGUGUGAAGCCUCUGGAGUACGCCAUCGCUGUGCACGAGUUUGGCAGUGAGCACGUUCACCAGUUUGUGGGCAAAGAGCCAAGUGGUCUCAAGUUCAACAAACUGUCACUAAAUGAGGAAGAUAAACCACACAACCCCAUGGUGAAUGCUGGAGCUAUUGUCAUCAGUUCUUUAAUUAAGCCUCAUUCAAAUAAGGCUGAGAGGUUUGACUAUGUGAUGGAGUUCCUGAAAAGCAUGGCUGGUACAGAGUAUGUGGGCUUCAGCAAUGCAACUUUCCAGUCAGAGAGGGAGACUGGUGACAGGAAUUUUGCCAUUGGGUAUUACCUCAAAGAGAAAAAGUGCUUUCCUGAAAAUGCAGAUAUGAUUGCAGCUCUUGACUUUUACUUUCAGCUGUGCUCCAUAGAGGUAACCUGCGAGUCAGGAAGCGUCAUGGCUGCCACGCUGGCAAAUGGGGGUAUUUGUCCAAUCACAGGCGACCGCGUGCUGAGUGCUGAGGCAGUCCGCAACACCCUAAGUCUCAUGCAUUCGUGCGGCAUGUAUGACUUUUCUGGACAGUUUGCCUUCCAUGUGGGCUUGCCGGCUAAAUCUGGUGUUUCAGGUGCUGUACUGCUGGUGGUCCCCAAUGUCAUGGGUAUGAUGUGUUGGUCCCCACCAUUAGAUCGUCUUGGAAACAGUGUUCGUGGCAUUCACUUCUGUCAGGAUCUCGUGUCUUACUUUAACUUCCACAAUUAUGACAACCUGAGGCAUUUCACUAAGAAACACGACCCAAGAAGACGAUCAGAUGAUGAUGAUGAUCCAAACAAGUCAGUGGUAAACCUGAUGUUCGCAGCAUACAAUGGUGACGUCUCUGCUCUAAGAAGGUUUGCCCUUUCAGCUGUGAACAUGGAGCAGAGGGACUACGACUCUCGCACAGUGCUCCACAUCGCUGCUGCCGAAGGUCAAGUGGAAGCUGUAAUCUUUCUAACCGAGAUAUGUAAAGUGAAUCCUCACAUGAAGGACAGAUGGGGAAAUACACCUCUAGAUGACGCCAUGCAGUUUGGCCAUGAAGUUGUUGUUUCGCUCCUGCAAGAGUACCAGCGUGUGUACGAUGACAUCGACUCACUGAGCAACACAGAUGAGCAGAAAGCCGCAUUUGAUACGCUGAAGAGCAUUGUUUAGAUCUACUAGGGAUCAUGAGAGCUUGCAAUGGAAAUUAGUCUUUUUUUUAUUAUGUAGCUGAGAGGAAUGAAAGAGAAGUGAGACUGAGAGCAGUGAUGAAUGAAUUAGUUCAAAUUAAAUGUGGUAGAAAUGUUACGUGAGCAUCGUCUCAUAGACUGUGAAAAGCUGUAUCUCUUUGCAGACAGAAGGUUUGUAUCAGAAAAGCACUAUACAAACAAGCAAUGUCACGCUUGUGUGGAGAAAAAUUACAUUGAUUUAUAUUGAGAUUUGGACUGCGUUGAAACUUUAAUGCUUUUUUUAUGCUCAGCUUCUGAUAGAUAAAUGAGAUGUAAAUAUCUAAAGUGCUUAUUUAUUUUUAACACGGUGAGAUGUUGUAUCAUCUGCCUUAUUAGUGAGUAAUUUAAUCAUAAUAAUAGGUUUAUGCUUCCACUGAAAUGACUGUAAAUAUGCCUAAAGCUGCUUUAAUAAUUACUCUACCUUGACAGAAUACGAUUCAUAGUCAUGGCAAAAAGAAGGGACAUCCUCUUUAAAUUAUAAGGUUUUAAUAUCUUGUAGAUAAUUUCCGGAGUAGGACCACACCUCUAUACACACCCCUUCUAGUUCUGUCUUUAUAUGACCCCCACCCCUACACUACAAGCUGUGUGUUCUUGAUUUUGUCCCCCAGCCUUCCUCUCUUUUUCAGUUCAUUCCCUCCUCAUUUUUACAUGGGGAUCUGCCCUGCUGCCAGUCCCAUCUGAGGCCUUCCCCAAACCACAGUCUCAAUUCAUGCUCACACCAUCUGCCAUUAUCUACUAGAAAUGCUGUAAAACCUAAAUGCAAUGUGGUUCCAGCUAGUGAAAGGACAUUAUAUAAAAAAAAUCCAAAAGCUGUGUGUGGAAAAACUAAGUAGAGCCUCUCUGCAUCCAUAGGAAUUAAGGGGGUAAAUAGCAGCCAAGUGCUGCUAAUGAAGUGCACUUAAUUAACUGAUGAUCAGCAAGUUUGACCACCUCUGUAAAAGCAGAUGUUUAGACAGUUUGCAGGUCUGAAGCAUUCAGGUGUGUUAACACAGUGCCAAGACUCUACAGGCCUCAGUUAGACAGUACAAUUAGAAAAUGACAGAAAAUGUCUUGGAAAGGUUUCUAGGAGAAAGCCUCUUCUCCCUAAAAAGACCUUAUCAGCACAACUUCAGUUUGCAAAAUUUAAUCUGAACAAACCACAAAUGUCCUUUGGGCACAAGAGCAAAAUGGAGAUGUUCAGUCAAAAUGCAAAGAGCUGUAUUUGGCAAAAAAACAAACACAGCAUACCAACACAAACCUCAUACUAGCUUUUAAGCUGGAUAAUGUAGGGGUGAUGAUUUGUGUUAGUUUUGUAGUCAGAGCAUCUGGGCAUCCUGCAGUCAUUGAGUCGACCAUAAACUCCUCUGUAUACCAAAGUGUUCCGAGUCAAGUGUAAGGCCAUCAGUCUGACGGCUAAAUGGCAACAGAAAUGAAGAUGUUACAAUGAUCCAAAGUCCACAACUUAACACUGGUGUUCCAGCAGUUUCCAGUUCAUGGCAGACUUGAAUCUUGGUGGUUCCUGCAUUCUUCCUGAUCAUCCUAACUAAUUUCCCUUUAUUUAAAUGUGACAGUUUGGUUCUUCUUCCUGACACAUCCAAAUAACCUGUACUUGUGUACAGUUUGAACUUAUGAUCUUAGAAUCUGCAGUUGUUUAGAAAUGGCUCCAAGAUACCUUCCCAAUUUAGUAAAUCUGUAUUUCUCCUUCUUACAUCUUCACUGGGCUCUUUGGACUUUGCCAUUGUUCUGAGUAUUGGUCAGUUCAAUGAGUGCUGUCAAAUAGACUGUAUAUAAAUGACCAACCAUGAUCACUAAGGAGAAGUUAAUAGGCCUUAUCAAGUCAAGACACUGUAGUACAUUAAACAGUAUAUUUGACCUUGUGUGGAUUAGAAAUAAUCCAAAAUAACUUCAACUCAUGAAUCCAGUUUUUGGAUUUUAAAGUCAUUAAAGAUUUGUGCUGUAUAAUCAUUCCACCCUGAAAAAGAACAGUUCACAAUGACUGCUCACAAUGACUGUUAUGUAAACAUCUGACCAUAACUGUUCAAAAAACCUUACAACUGACAGGGGCUGUCAUUUCUUUUUACCAUGACUGUAGUUAAUGUCUGAAACACUGAAAGGACAGUUUCAGUCAGUUUCAUAUCAGAAUCCUGGUAUAUCCAAAUUAGUCUUUAUAGGAAACAUGAGUAACCUUUUUUUUUUCCUAUUUUCAUAUGUACAUGAUCAUGCAGUAAUUUCUGAUCAUCUUUGUGCAGUUGUCUUGAUUUCUUUCUCAGCCAUAAGAUGUUCAGAAAAGGUUUUGACAUGCCACACUGUUCAAGUUUCUGCUGAAGUACUUCAGGCGGAUUGUCCACGUUUCUCAAAACCAGGAUGUUGAUUAUAUGUGCAACAUACAAAAUGGGGAUUAAUGCCCAUGAGAAACACUCUUCUUUGUCAAGGCUUCAGUUUACUCUGCUGAUGCACUGUGAUGUGAUUUUUUUGUUUUUUGUUUUUUUGCAGUUUGAAAAACACCUCUCAUUGGAUAUUCUUGUCAAACAAAUAUCUGAAUGUGUCAGGUGCUGGGAACAGUGUACAUUUGGGUUGACACAAUAUGUGAAUGUGAAUAUAAGCUGUGCACAUAAAUGAAUGCAAACUUGUUUUAUCAGUAUGCAGAACUGUGAUGAUUUCACUGCGCUUCAUUUGCAACUUGAGCUGUUUUCACACACAUUAAGUCUGGAAAAUGUUGGGAUAAUGUCCAGUUUCCUUUCUCAAAUGCAGCAUUCAACAGGAGACAGUUCAUGUCCUCACAGUUCUCACUUCUGGAAAUAUUCUGGUUUAAGCGAGGGUGUUUCCUGCACAGUCUCCUCAUUCUAAAGAGGGAUUGAAUGACGAGCAUGACUGUGUUGUUGCUGAAAAGUUCAUGUGUGAAAAUGGCUUUACCUGCAAUGAAAAAGCAGUUUCCUGAUUUGUAUUAAAGCCUUAAGGUCACUGUAAAUGACAAACUGUUGUAAAUAAAAGAAUGUAGAGGCAG